AUAACUUCACGUCCGCGGUUGGUCAGCUGACCGUCGGCCGGUCCGCUUACUGUCAAACACCUGGAGCUCGAACCGUGGUCUGGACACCGGAUUCUCCGGGACCAGCCGCGUCACUGUGUAUGCGGUACCGAAGCCGCUAACCCGGUUCGGUUCCUAAAGUGCCCCGCUGACGGUUGGAGGUCGGAUCGCUGGCCUAAAAACCAAGGCAAGCUCGUCGCACUCGUGAGCUGGAUCCACUCAUUCCGCCCCCUAGGUUGGUUCCGUUCCAAGGCCGGUGAGCCUGUGUGACUCUACGCCGGCCACCGCUUCACGCUCCCCGCCAUGGCCCUGCUGGACCUCGCCAUGCAGGGACUGGCCGUGUUCGGCUUCAUCCUGUUCUUCGUGCUGUGGCUCAUGCAUUUGAUGUCCAUCAUUUACGUGCGCCUUCAUCUGCACAGGAAGAGGUCAGAGGUCAAGCAGUCUUUUGCACAGAUGGCAGGUGUUUCUCUGCUGAAGCCACUAAAGGGUGUCGACCCAAACCUGAUCUCCAACCUGGAGACAUUCUUUACACUGGAUUACCCAAAGUACGAGAUCCUGCUGUGCGUCCAGGAUCACGACGACCUGGCGGUCGACGUCUGUAAGAAGCUGCUGGGGAAAUAUCCUAACGUGGACGCUCGUCUUUUCAUCGGGGGUAAGAAAGUCGGCAUCAACCCCAAAAUCAACAACCUGAUGCCGGGCUAUGAAGGCGCCAAGUAUGGACUGGUGUGGAUCUGUGACAGUGGCAUCAGAGUGAAACCCGACACCCUGACAGACAUGACCAAUCAAAUGACAGAGAAGGUGGGGUUGGUCCACGGGUUGCCAUAUGUUGCCGACCGCCAAGGCUUCGCCGCCACACUGGAGCAGGUGUAUUUCGGCACGUCGCACCCUCGCUCGUACAUCUCCGCCAACGUGACGGGGAUCAAGUGUGUGACGGGGAUGUCGUGUCUGAUGAGGAAGGACGUGUUGGAUCAGGCCGGUGGUUUGGUCUCCUUCGCUCAGUACAUCGCUGAAGAUUACUUCAUGGCUAAGGCCAUCGCCGACAGAGGCUGGAAGUUCUCCAUGGCAACACAGGUGGCGCUGCAGAAUUCCGGGUCGUACUCCAUUGGCCAGUUUCAGUCCCGCAUGAUCAGAUGGACAAAGUUGAGGAUAAACAUGCUUCCCGGCACCGUGCUGGAGCCCGUCUCUGAGUGCUUCCUGGCGAGCCUCAUCAUUGGCUGGGCUGCUCAUUACGUGUUCAGGUGGGACAUGAUGGUCUUCUUCAUGUGUCACUGUCUCGCCUGGUUUCUGUCAGACUACGUUCAGCUCACUGGAGUUCAGGGCGGGCCUCUGUGCUUCUCAAAGUUGGACUUUGCCGUGGCGUGGUUCAUCAGGGAGUCGAUGGCAGUGCAGAUCUUCCUGUCAGCUCUGUGGGACCCGACCAUCAGCUGGAGAACCGGGCGGUACCGGCUCCGCUGCGGCGGCACCGCGGAGGAGAUCCUCGAUGUGUAGUUGCCUUGGCAACAGGCUGUGUACCGUCAUCGUCAUCCUCCGCAUCCUCUAAGGGGAAGAGACUGAUGUGUAUUUUUGUUUUUUUAUGAAAACAAGUGUGUGUGUGUGUGUGUGUUAGCGUGUGCGUGCGUGUGUGUUUUUAACUAUUUAUGUUCCUUUUGGUGCUAAAAUGAAAUGAUGCCAGAACAAGCCAAUGAGAGCGCAGGAAGGUUAAAAAAAAAAAGAUGAGGAAAAAAAAGACAUGUCGCACUGAAUUGUCCGAUCUAAGAUUGGACAACAAAAAGAAGGAAAAAAAAAUCAGCCAAUGAAGAGAGAGGAUGUGGAACUCUUCAUUGGCUCAAUUUUUAAUUGUAAAAAACAUAAAAAAUGAAGGAAAAAAAAAAAGUUCACGACUGAACCAGAUUCAGUGUUGAAAAACAGUUAAUUUUGAAAUUCAAAUGAAUUUUCUUUUUCUCACAAUAAAAUGUACAUUCAGUCGUGCUUGAAAUUCCACCAUGCAUUUCUCCGUUGUUUUCACCACUAAAUAAAUCAAUUAAUAAAAAAGUAAAGUGCAAAUAAUUUUGCAUAUUAUGAGUUUUAGUCUCUUGACCGUCGUCGCCGUUGCCGGUUGCAGGCUGGUGCUUUCUCGGCUCGUUAGCGGGCGGCAACGUAUCUGAUUACCAGGAGCACGGCACGACUCUAGCUUUUAAAAAAUAAAACAAAUGUGAACGUCCUCAGCCAAUGAGGAGCGAGCGUGGACUCUGACGUCGUCCUGUUAAGUGAAGGAAACGGUUUCCUGGUAAAUUAACGCCAUAAAGAGUUUUUUUGUGAAUAAAAAUGAAAAGGAAAGAAAGAAAAAAAAAACGCCAAUGAGAAAAUUUCAUGGUCGCCUCAUUUCAGUCCAACACUGUGCUGUCUUUACUGUUAACCAUUAGCUUAGCAUCUGGCGGUUUGGUUGAUGACAUCACGCGUGUGUGUCGGACGAACCUAUGAUGCGGUCUUUAUUUGUGUUUUUUUUAUUAUUUUUAUUUUAUCACAACUGAUGGUUGUGGAUCGUGUCAACACAGGAACAAAUAAAAGUUUUAUUAUUUCAA